AAGAGAGGGGAGAGGAGGGUGUCGGGCCUGUUAGAACUGGCCAAUUCUAGCCCCACCUCUCUGCCUCUGCUAGGUAGAAAUCCAAAAGUUCAAGAAGGGAUGCUGUGGGUGGUGACGGAAAGUUGCACUCUUCGAAGAACAACCUGUUGGGUCCAGAGAACUGGUGGUCCCCUUCAGCCCUGGGGAGAAAAGGGGGCGCAUUCAGAGCCUCCCUUUGCUGGAGUAGGGAAAGAUCUCGAAAUACCCACAGCUUGAGCAGAUUAAACAUCUAGAUUCAGGGUGGCCCUGAUUUCUGCAGCGAAUUUCUCUCGAACAAGCGGCAACUCUCCUGUGAGGACCUCCUAGCAGAGAUGGCCUUGGCUGAUCUUCACUACACCACAGGCAUCAGCAGUGGAUUCAAGGUCUACAUCUUGGAAGGUCAGUCGUCUUUCGAGAACGAGCCGAGGUUCCCCCGCUUCCCAGCCCAUCGGCUGCCUGUCUAUGCCAUCAAACGCAAGCCCAGUGUGGAUGUGAGAAGCCCUGAACGGAGCUUGCAUGGGCAGAGGGCGUCGAAAGUCAAGCGAUCGACCUGCGGGCCUGUGGCAGCCUCCCUGGAAGAGAGGGUUCCUCCUGCUGCACAGAUCCCGAUUGCUGUUCCCUGUGUCACCACGUCCAGACCUGAGCCUUGCAGAGACUCUCAAGCGCUUCACCCCUCCUGCCCACGUAAAUGCCCCCUGAGGAAGCCCCUCCUGGAGCCAGCCCUCACUGUCUCCCAGUUGCAGCAGAUGCGGCCUUCAGUUAUCACCUGCGCACCCCGCCGGAGCCGACCAGAGAAACCUGAAAGCACCAGCCCUGCAAUCACCCCAUCAGACCGCAGGAGCACGAGCUCUGAUCCUGCCCCCCCACAGAGGCUCCAUGCAUGGACCACGGGCUCUGUGGGGCCUUCAGCACAAGUCAGCAGAGAAGCAUCUCCCAAGCAAAGAAUCCAGCGUGCAGACAAGAAUCCCAUUCCCAGCGCUUGAAGCUCUUUGGCUUUGACCUAGCAGGUCCCUCCUGUGUCCCUGUGGUCCAGCAAUGAGGAAUUCUCCAGAUGUUGCUGGACUCCCGAUUCCCAUCAGCGUCAGGCAGGGAAGCCAGCAGGGAGAGACGAUGGCAGCUGCAGUUCAUCAACAUCUGGAGGGCCACUGGUUCCCUGCCCAUCUGUAUUGGCUAUCCUUGGACCCCUAAGCCCAACCCCCAUCCCUUUUUAUGGCCAAGUAGCUGUCCAUAUUCCGACACCAUGUCCCUGGCUCAGUGCCCUCCUUCCCUACACCUUGUGUUCUUAUUCCCCUUCUAGACCUACAAAUUGAACUGCCUUUCCUGUCUCAAACCCAUUUAUGUGAAAACCCUGCUGGUUCCAAUGGAACUGACUUCUAAGUCAGCAUGCUCCUUUAACACAAGAAUUGCUCUUGCCCGGUCAGAUACCACAGAGGGUCCAUUCCAGUCCCAUUUUGCUUUCAGCAGGAGCCAGGCCAGCGCUCCUGGGAAGUGAAGAUGGAGCAGGUGCAAAGGCAAGAGCCCUGUAGUGACCCGGGUUCCAGAAUGGUGAUGUGUACAAAGCCUAAAAUUCCAGCCUCUGUGCUGUGCACAGAGACUGGAACUGGAACUGAGAACGGAAAGUCUGAAAACCUCAUACACUCCAGGAGUCCAGGUGAUGUGUAGCCAGCAGGUGAUGGCUAGAAACUUCCCACCUUGGUUUCCCCAGUGCAAACAAGCAGAUAAAUUCCAAGAAAGUACAAGAAAAGAAGAAAGAGUGCCCAAUCCAGCACUCAUAGGAAGAUCCAAGAAUCACAAGUAGCCUCUGACAGAGGAACCAAACUAAGACAAAAUAUGGACCCUUUUCUACGUGGGACUCAGCCCUGAAAGUGGAGGAGAGCCAUUUUAAAAAAACACAUCAUUUUAUAUUUCUCUAAUUCAUGAGUGUCAAUAAAGUAGCGUUGAACUGUG